UCAUCCACCAAAAAGGUACGCGGCGGCGGUGAGUCGUGCUGUAUCCGUAUAGUUGGUAAACGGACUGCGGAGCGUGCAGUGCCCUGUCAAGGAACCGCAUGUUCGAAUGAAGUGAUAACCUCAGUGAUAACAUUUGGUUUGAUAUGACCGAAUUGGCACUGAACAGAUAUCCUCGCGGAGGUCAGUGAUGACAUCAACAGGGAACCUGUCUUCUGAGUCUGUCUGAACCCUCGUCCCAGGUCUCACUUGCACUGUCAGCAUGGCAACAGGGAGGAAGGGCUCCACCUCAAAGGGGGGAGGGGUGCGUUUCCCCGACGACGAUGAACCUCCCGGCUCGCCCACGCGGCGAGACGACCUAUCAAACGACGCCAGCAUCAUCGCUAUCCCAGAGAAGGAUGGCAGUUUCCUGGUCAAGGCUGGCUUCCUGAAGACCCAGCACCGCUACGAGAUCGUCUUCACCAUGCUGGAGGUGCCCUCCCUGGGGAAGGACGUCUGCUCCCUCCUCCCCUCCUCCUCCUCCUCCCCCACUGCCAGGGCCGACCUCAGAGUCACCCGCCUCUCCCCCACACCCGAGGGAGGUGUGAGGGUGACAUGUGAGUACACCACCCACCAGGAGGGGGUGCUGCAGGAGGAGCUGACUCUGGGCAGCAGGGGCCGCAGGGACCGAGGCCUGCGGGUCAGACUGCAGGCACGCGUCAUGGAUCGUCAUCAUGGGACGCCCAUGUUGCUGGAAGGAGUUCGGUGUUUAGGGACGGAGAAAGACAAUGACUCAAAGCACAGCGACCGGAAAAGGAUAUGACCCUCUGCUUAGAGAAACCAGCCAUGAUAGAGCUAAACCAGCACUGAACUACUCUCUCUCUUACACACACGCACAGAGACGCACACACAUUCUCUCUCUCUCUCUCUCUCUCUCUCUCUCUCUCUCUCUCUCUCUCUCUCUCUCUCUCUCUCUCUCUCUCUCUCUCUCUCUCUCUCUCUCUCUCUCUCUCUCUCUCUCUCUCUCUCUCUCUCUCUCUCUCUCUCUCUCUCUCUCUCUCUUACACACACGCACAGAGACGCACACACAUUCUCUCUCUCCUUCCUUCUCUCUAUCUCUCUCUCAAAUACACACACACAUACAUUCUCUUUCUCAUACUCUCACACGUACAUUUUCUCUUUCUCUCUCUUACACACGCACACUCACACAGGCUAGAGCACUCCAUAACACCCCCCUACUGCAACACUUCUACAACACUGAAACAUUGCAUUACAUAAAACACUGCAAAAUUCAGUCAUACGACACUGCAACACUCAGUCAUACAUCACUGCAACACUCAGUCAUACAUCACUGCAACACUCAGUCAUACAACACUGCAACACUCAGUCAUACAUCACUGCAGCACUCCAUAACACUACAACACUUCUACAACACUGACACAUUGCAUUACAUAAAACACUGCAUACAACACUGCAACACUGUCAUACAUCACUGCAAUACUCAGUCAUACAUCACUGCAAUACUCAGUCAUACAUCACUGCAACACUCAGUCAUACAACACUGCAACACUCAGUCAUACAACACUGCAACACUCAGUCAUACAUCACUGCAACACUCAGUCAUACAUUACUGCAACACUAAGUCAUACAACACUGCAACACUCAGUCAUACAACACUGCAACACUCAGUCAUACAUCACUGCAACACUCAGUCAUACUACACUGCAAUACUCAGUCAUACAUCACUGCAAUACUCAGUCAUACAUCACUGCAACACUAAGUCAUACAACACUGCAAUACUCAGUCAUACAUCACUGCAACACUCAGUCAUACAACACUGCAACACUAAGUCAUACAACACUGCAACACUCAGUCAUACAACACUGAAAAACUCCGCCAUAUAAUAGGCCCUACUGUACACAAUACUAUUACUAGACUCUACCAAGUUCUAAUGAACCCGUUCAUUUACUGUACGUGUGUUCUCAGAACUGGCCCUGAUUACUCUCCACUGCUCACCUCCCCUUCAGUCCACAACACAAGCCAAGUAGCUGCCUUAAAUGAACAAUCACUAUGUAUCUCAAAUCACACUGUGUCAUAUCUGUAUAUGGAUAUGGUAUAUUAUAUAAAUAUAUAUAAGCAAUUACACACGAUGAAUGAUAUGUCAACCUAGGUGUUGUUUAAAUGUGUUGUGUUAUCUGUGUGAAAUAUUAACAUCAGCCUCUUUCUGCCUGUUUGUGUUUGGUGUUUAACUUCUGUAUUACGUAAUGUCUGUAGACAUACAGUGUGUGUAUUCUGUUUGUGACUUACGUGUAUAGUUGUAUUUCUUGUACUUCUCUGAAACUGCACUAUCAACAAGGAGGAAUUCAAUGUGAAUGGUUAAAAUAUACAGACUGUCGAUCGCAAUAAAGAAAACGAACCCUU